CACUACCCUUCGCCAUACAGCUUGUCGCCUCUCGGGCCAGUAUUGAAGAAAGGCCUCAUGGCACCGGGUCUGAUGGGGUUGCUUUCCGUCGUUACGACUCUUGGUCUUCUGACGUUCAUUGUCUAUCGCUUUUCUACAUGGAGAAGGCAUUACAGGACAUUUGUCGGCUACAAUCAAUACGUUGUUCUGUGUAUGAAUCUCUUGAUUGCCGACUUCAUACAAGCCGCCUCUUUCCUCUUCUCAUUCCACUGGAUCAAGAAAAACGGCAUCUUUGCUCCCUCAUCAGCCUGCUUCGCGCAAGGCUUCCUACUCAACAUUGGCGAUUUGACAUCCGGCUUCUUCGUCAUGGCCAUCGCCUUCCACACUUUCUACACCGCUGUCAAGGGGCGUCGCAUCGGGCACGUUGGUUUCACUAUAUCUGUGGUCUCGGUGUGGUCUUUCGCCUUGGUAUUGAGCAUCAUUGGUCCGAUUCAAUACAAAGACAGAUACUUUGUGCGUGCUGGUGCAUGGUGCUGGGCCGGCGAGCAAUAUCAAACAGAUCGUCUGGCUUUACAUUACCUCUGGAUAUUCAUUGUCCAAUUCGGAACCAUCAUCAUCUACGUCUUUGUUUUAAUCCGACUGAGAGCCGCCGUUGCCGCCGUGGUACCUUCCGUCAGAGUCCAAUCUACCAGUUACGCCAAGGUGGACAGAGCAGCAAAGCUGAUGGUGCUAUAUCCAUUGGCAUACAUCGUCCUGACACUUCCUCUGUCAGCAGGUCGCAUGUGGAGCAUGGCACACCACGAAAAGAACCUCCCCGAUGCCUAUCAAUGCGUGGCAGGCGCUCUCCUGGCCAGCUGCGGUUGGGUCGACACCCUCCUUUACACACUCACCCGCAAGACCCUGAUCAACGGC